AUGGAAAGCUGGGAAGAGUCACAAGAAUCCAUCAAAGCUGAAAUGAGUCAGUUGAAGGACCAGGUUGGACAAAUCUUGGUUGCCCUUGAAUCCCUGAAGGCUACUGGAGAGUCUUCUUCUACACUGUUUGGCGGGAAUGCCCAUUUUUAUCCCCCGUUUUUCAAUGCUACUAGCCAAUCGAUUCCUUUCCCGUUGUAUGGGUUACCCUCGGGAUAUACUCCUCCCGUAGGAGAAUAUAUUGAAGGGGGGCACGUGUCGUUUCCCAUUCCUACAACUAUUGAUAUCCCGCCAGUCACCACUCAUGGACCUACCUCUGUGUCAGCUCCCUUGGUAAGUACUCAAACGAAUGAACCGAUCACAGUUGAAGGAACACGAGUGACUACGAUACCGCACAUAAUUGUUAACCACGAUUCUUCAGCAAGAGCCGCAUCACAAACCGCGGCGCGUGCAGGAAUCGACAUCAGUAACGGUGCUAAAAACAGACUGGAGAUUCUGGAGGAAAAAAUGAGGGCUAUUGAAGGGAUGAAAAACUAUGGGUUCGGAAAUGUUACAAGACUAAGUUUGGUUCCUGGAGUAAAAAUACCGUAUAAGUUCAAGGCGCCCGAAUUCGAGAAGUACAAGGGUGAUACAUGCCCUAAGAACCAUCUGGCCAUGUAUUGCAGAAAAAUGGCUGCGUACGCAUAUGACGACUAGUUACUCAUCCAUGUUUUCCAAGACAGUUUGGUUGGGGUAGCAUUAAACUGGUAUACUCACUUGGAGCCCUCUCGAAUCCAUUGUUGGGCAGAUCUAGCCGACGCCUUUGUAAAACGGUAUAUAUACAACACGCAUGUAGCACCAGACCGUCUGCAAUUACAGAAUAUGGGAAAGAAGGACAAUGAGACCUUCAAGGAAUAUGCCCAACGGUGGAGAGAAUUGGCCACACAAGUGGAGCCGCCUUUGUUUGAAAAAGAAAUGGUGGCAAUGUUUGUAAAUACGCUUCAGCCACCAUUUUAUGAAUAUAUGGUGGGGAAUGUGUCCGCCAAUUUCGCUGACGUCGUCAUAAUUGGCGAGAGGAUAGAGAUUGGGAUGAAGAGCGGGAAGAUUGCAAGUGGUCCAUCUACGAUGGAGAAUUCUAAAAAGAAGCCUUCUUUCAAUCCAGGAAAGAAAAAAGAGGGAGACGUGCAUGCAACAUUGGCAAUGCCUGUAUGGAGAGGUCAAGCUCCUUCUCAAAAUUAUAGACCAUACCUAGGCCAACCUUCAUAUUCAGCCAAUGCGGCUUUCGCUCAUCCAAUCAGGCCUCAACAACAACAAGGAUUCUACCAAUCACAACCCGUCACAAGCAAUGCUUGGAGGACUGGGCCAAGUGCAAAUCCAAAUCCGAAUGCAGGUCAAGGCGGUUAUCCGGGAAGAACCCAGGAAAGAAACUUUGUCCACUUCACCCCCAUCCCCAUGACUUACACUGAAUUAUUACCUCACCUCGUCAAAAGGGGUCUGGUUGCUAUAUGCCCAAUGAUACCUCUGCAGCCUCCAUACCCUAGGGGUUAUGAUGCAGAUGCCAAGUGUAGUUAUCACGGGGAAGGCGUGGGUCACUCAACUGAAAGGUGCAUGGCUUUUAAACAUAAAGUGCAGGCCCUGAUUAACGCUGGGUGGCUAAAAUUCCAAGAAGAUAAACCUAGCAUUGAUACUAAUCCGUUAUCCGGACAUGGUAAUGCCUCGACAAAUGCCAUUGAAGUUAAGAAGCAUGAACUGAUAAGGGAUGCAAGUAAGAUCCGAAGUUCCAGAAGGUUUAUUUUCAAGGAAUUAUUGAAGUUGGGAUUUUUAAACGGGGCUUAUGAUUUGGAAAGAGUAUGUGGACUCCAUCCAUGCACGGAACACUCUAUCGAGGAAUGCGUUGAAUUUGAAAAGUUUCUACAAGAUCUGCUUGAUAGGAAUCUGAUGCAAGUGUGCUAUGAAGACAAGUAUGAGGAGGUGUUUGCACAAACUGGUAUGGAGCCAGAUGUAGCUUUGCCAGAGCCGUUGAUAAUCCGCUUCACUCGAACCACCCCUACACCAGUAAUUCAAGGAAGAUCACCCUUUGUCAUCCAUACACCAGUUCCUUUUCCUUACAAAAGCGAUAAAGCUGUCCUUUGGAGGUAUGGGACACAUGUAGUCGAUGAAGGACAGUGCAUUGAAAGCCAUUCCUCUAGCCAGGAUCCAGUUGUUGAAAAUAUAUCAGGCAUCGGCGGAAUGACGAGGAGUGGUCGAAUCUUCACGCCACCAAAUUUGACGGGAAGAGAAGCUAGUAAUAAUGAAACACCAAUGGAUGCAAAUACUAAGGAGCAUUUAAAGGGGAAAGGGGUGCAAGUAGAGGAGACCUCUGACAAGGCAGACAAGAAAGAAAUCUCUGAGGAAGAGGCUUGCGAAUUUUUAAAAUUCAUUCAACAGAGUGAAUAUAAGGUGGUGGAGCAGUUGAAACGCAUGCCUGCUCGGAUUUCCUUGUUAGAAUUGCUUAUGCAUUCUACCUCUCAUAGAAAGUUGUUGAUGAAGGUACUCAGUGAGGCUCAUGUCGAGCAUGGUAUUUCGUUGAACAAGUUUGAGGGUAUCGUUGGCAACAUCAUCGCUAAUAAUUACCUCACCUUUACUGACGAGGAGAUACCCACUGAGGGGAGAGGUCAUAACAAGGCUCUUCAUGUCUCCGUGAAAUGUUUAGAUCACAUUAUAGCACGUGUCUUGGUGGACAAUGGUUCCUCUCUGAAUGUCAUGCCAAAAUCGACAUUGGAGAAGCUACCCUGUGAGGGAAUGCAUAUGAAGCCAAGCUCCAUGAUUGUGAGGGCAUUUGACGGCAGUAAAAGGGUAGUGAUGGGAGAGAUUGAAUUGCCCGUUCAAGUUGGUCCUUGUGUCUUUCAGGUGACCUUUCAAGUUAUGGACAUCCUCCCGGCUUAUAGUUGUUUGUUGGGUCGCCCGUGGAUCCAUUCUGCAGGAGUUGUGCCUUCCACACUACACCAAAAGCUGAAAUAUGUUAUGGGAGAUAAGCUGGUGAUAAUAUCAGGAGACGAGGACCUCCUUAUGAGCGGACCAUCGUCCACGCGAUAUAUUGAGGUGGCUGAGGAAGCUCCUGAAACUGCCUUCCAGUCAUUGGAGAUCGUGGGAAAUGCCUAUGUAGAGCCAUUCCCAGCAAGCCCACAUUUGUCACGUGCUUCUGUCAUGAUGGCCAAGGUCUUGCUGAAAGAGGGGUAUAUACCUGGUAAAGGUUUAGGCAAGCAUGGGCAAGGGCGAACUUUCCCCCUAAAGGUCGUUCAGAAUAGAAACCGAUACGGCAUAGGAUAUCAAAGGGCGAUGGUGACACUUUUUCAUGAUAUGAUGCACAAGGAGAUUGAGGUUUAUGUGGAUGAUAUGAUUGCAAAGUCUGAAUCAGAAGAAGAACAUGUCCUCAACUUGAAGAAAUUAUUUGAGAAAUUGAGAAAGUAUAAACUCAGGUUAAACCCUGCCAAAUGCACAUUUGGAGUAAAAUCCGGGAAGUUGUUGGGCUUCGUGGUUAGCCAAAAGGGGAUAGAAAGGCGCGACACUCUCGUCAUGGAUCCUGACAAAGUGCGAGCGAUAUCAGAAAUGCCUGCGCCUAGCACAGAGAAGGAGGUUCGCGGUUUUCUGGGUAGAUUGAACUACAUUGCUAGAUUCAUCUCCCAAUUAAUUGCUACCUGCGAACCAAUGUUCAAGUUGCUACGGAAGAAUCAGGUUAUGGUUUGGAAUGAGGAUUGUCAAGCCGCUUUUGAAAAAAUCAAACAAUACCUGCAAGACCCACCUGUAUUGCGUCCACCCGAGCCAGGAAGACCACUCAUUUUGUACUUAACUGUAUUGGAAAGGUCAAUGGGUUGUGUAUUGGGUCAAUAUGAUGAAGCUGGAAAAAGGGAGCAUGCGAUAUAUUACUUGAGCAAGAAAUUCACAGACUGCGAACAACGAUAUUCAUCGUUAGAGCGAACUUGUUGUGCAUUGGCAUGGGCCGCUCAUCGCCUAAGGCAAUACAUGUUGAGUAACUCUACAUUGUUGAUAUCCAAGAUGGAUCCUAUCAAGUUUAUUUUUGAAAAGCCCGCUCUCACUGGAAGGAUAGCUCGGUGGCAGGUGCUAUUGUCAGAGUAUGACAUCGUAUAUGUCACUCAGAAAUCCGUCAAAGGUAGUGCAUUAGCAGAAUACCUGGCGCAUCAACCCAUCAAUGAUUAUCAGCCAAUGCAGCCCGAGUUUCCUGAUGAAGAUAUCAUGGCUCUAUUCAAAGAAGGCAGGAAAUACCGAGACGAAGAAACAUGGAUAUUAUUAUUUGAUGGAGCGUCGAAUAUGAUGGGGCAUGGCAUAGGGGCAGUACUAAUCUCUCCAGAGCAGCAGUAUAUGCCCAUGACAUCAAGGCUGUGUUUUGAUUGCACGAAUAACAUUGCAGAAUAUGAGGCCUGCGCUGUGGGUAUUCGGGCGGCAAUAGAGUUCAAAGUGAAAAUUCUGGAAGUAUAUGGAGAUUCAGCUUUAGUCAUCAACCAGAUGAAGGAAGAGUGGGAAACAAGAGACGCAAAAUUAAUCCCUUACCAGGCAUACAUCAAAGGAUUAAUGGAGUGUUUCGACAUCAUCACAUUUAACCACAUACCACGGGAAGAUAACCAGUUAGCAGACGCGUUGGCUACUUUGUCAUCCAUGUUUGAGGUUGACCCGAAUACAGAAUUACCAGUGAUUGAAAUGAAGAGCCAUACGGAGCCAGCAUAUUGCCAGUUCAUCAAGGAGGAGGUGGAUGGUAAACCUUGGUACUUCGAUAUCAAGCACUAUCUUAAGACCCAAGAAUAUCCUGAAAAAGCAUCUGAAAACGAUAAGAGGUCGUUACGAAGGUUGGCUGGUAGCUUUAUUUUGAGUGGGGACAUUUUAUACAAGAGAAAUCAUGACAUGAUUCUCCUCAGAUGUGUAGAUACAAAAGAAGCCGAAUUGAUAUUGAAAGAAGUGCACGAAGGUACGUUCGGCACACANGAACCCAAUUUGGUCCUUGAGAGACGACCUAGGAGUCACUUCCUAGUAACUGUACUGCAUUAA